AUGUCGUCAGAUCUUCGGGCUGCGGUGGUUCUCCAGGGAUCUGAUGUUUUACAAUCCCUUCCAAGUUCUCUUCCGGAUGCUGUGUUGGCUAGCAGAGUUCCCAGUACUUACUCCAAGUUUUUUUCUUCUCACAAUAGUUGGAGGUUUUGGGCACGAGAACAUGGCUUGACAGUUUUUCCUGCUUCUCCGUUUUACGUUGCUAUUUAUUUGUGCGUCUCCCCUGGAGUCGGCAGUUCAUAGCAUUGCCUGGUUUCACCAGUUCGGUGGCGAGCCGUCUCCUUCUGAUCAUCCGUUGGUAAACAGUAUUCUUGCCGAUGCGCAGCGUUUGCUGGCCCAUCAAACAACCAAGAAGGAGCCUAUCACAGUCUCUCAGUUAUAGCAGUUAGUUGUCUGCAAGCCGGACUCGAUGGCCUCUUUGUACGACAUUCGUUCGGUUGUUAUUUGCUCGCUAGCUUUUGCUGCCUUUCUCAGAUUUGAGGAGCUUUCUAAGCUUGUUCGAUCCGAUGUUAAGAUCGAAAAUGACAUGUUAAAGUUAUUUAUUCAAUCUAGUAAAACUGAUCAGUAUAGGGACGGAGCUUGGAUUGUUGUAGCUUCUUCUGGGAAAGCAACUUGUCCGGUUGCUAUCAUGAACCGUUCUUUAGAAAGAACUGGGCUUUCCUGCGAUAGCCCUUUGUUUUGCCAGCUUUCCAAAACUAAAUAUAGUUAUAACUGUUAUAAGCCUAGAUCUAAAGGUUUAAGCUAUUCACGGUUAAGAGAAUUAGUACUGCAGGCUUUUAAAGAUGUUGUACCUGGUAUUUCUGCCAUUGGUACGCAUAGCCUUAGGAGUGGCGGGGCUACUGCUGCCGCAAAUGCCGGCGUACCACACCGACUUUUUAAGCGUCAUGGCCGCUGGGCUAGUGAAUCGGCUAAGGACGAG